GUUGCCGUAAAAAAACUUGAUCAGACUGGUGUUCAAGGAGAUAAGGAGUUUCUGGUGGAGGUUCUAAUGCUUUCUCUUCUGCGUCACCCAAACCUUGUAAGUUUAAUUGGCUACUGUGCUGAAGGGGAGCAGCGCCUGCUUGUCUAUGAAUACAUGCCCUUAGGGUCCUUGGCAGAUCAUCUCCAGGAUCUUAGACCUGAUAAAGAACCACUUGAUUGGAACACAAGGAUGAUGAUAGCGGUUGGUGCAGCCAAAGGGUUGGAAUAUCUUCACCAUGAUGCUGAACCACCUGUCAUAUAUAGGGAUGUAAAAUCAACCAACAUUUUGUUGGGAGAGGAUUUUUACCCUAAGCUUUCUGACUUUGGGCUUGCCAAGUUUGGUCCUACUGGAGAUAGAUCGCAUGUCUCCACCAGGGUCAUGGGAACUCAUGGUUACUGUGCUCCUGAGUAUGCUAAAAGUGGAAGGUUGACAGCAAAGUCCGAUAUCUACAGUUUCGGAGUAGUCUUGCUGGAACUGCUUACUGGACAUAAGGCGGUUGAUACUUCUCUAGGUCGAGAGAAACAGCUUGUGGAGUGGGCACGUCCUUAUAUGAAAGAUCCCAACAACCUUACCAUGCAAUUUGCAGAUCCAUAUCUUAGAGGGCAGUUUCCUAUACAUAUCUUGAGAAAAGCAUUAGCAGUGGCUUCCAUGUGUCUUAGGGAAGAUGCUUCUGCCCGACCGACGAUGAGGGAUGUGGUACUUGCCUUGAAUUACUUGACAACCCAUCCAUAUAAUGAGCCAAAGGUGUUGAGCAUCAGAACGGAAAGGGUUGAAGAAAUAAAGAGUUCGAAUGCUUCAGGGAAUAGCUCUCCAAAUGAAACAACAUGUAUGUUACACAAGAACGUGGAGAGAGAAAGAGCUGUUGCAGAAGCCAAGAUGUGGGGAGAGACUUGGAGAGACAAACGAAGACCAGGUGCACAAAAUGGUCAUCAUGAUGCCUUUAGUCUUUAGAUCACUUUCUUUAUCUUGCGUCCGAUCCAAUGCCUGCUUCUUCCUCCCACUAUGUGGUAUCCUUCAAAGUCCAGAUUUUUCUUUACUUGCAGAAAGAACCUGGAAUGUUGGCUUCAGUUGGAAGAGACUGUUUUACAUUAAUUUAGCUUUGGAAUUGUCUUCCUUCAGUAGCUGAUGAA